CGAUUUUCGAAUCCCAUUCAAUUUUAAUUUUUAACGGUAAUUUUCGGUUGAUAUGCGAUUUUCGUGUUGAUAUUCAUCGAAUUUUAACGUGAAUGUGUACAAAAAAAUGAAUUAAGUAAUUGAUAAAUGAUCUAAAUUAGUGUAGCUGUGUUGUUAGUUUCUUUCCAGACAUGGAUGACUCAUUUGCUGAGCGUAUGCGAACUCGAGCUCUACAGCGGCUUCAGAAGAAUGCACAUAUUCUACGAAACAUCGAUGGAGACAAAGAAAAUGUUAAACAGAAGAUUGACGCGAAACCGGUAAUUGCUGAACAUUUAACUGUAAAGAAAAGUCUUUCUCAUGAUAGAAUGGAGUGCGAAGAUUCAGAAAUAACCAAAACUAAUAAUCGCAACUUUGUGCUUUCAGAACGUAACUUUGCCGACGAAGAAAAGAAAGAUGACGUGUAUAUAAAACAAUGCAAGAACAGGCUCGCAAAUCUUGCUGGAAAAUUCAAGCAAUUUGACGAAGAAGAUAGUCACGUCCCUCUCCCAUCUUCAACAGUGAAACAACUUCCGGUCAAGAGGAAAAGUCCGGAAAAAGCUUGUUCGGGUGGUAUUGCUUCAAAAUCAGGUAAAUUUGAAUCUGCGUCUUGGAGACACAAAGAAAAUUCUCCUGGUUAUACCAAAACCCAAACCAACGCAUUUAAGCCUCGGAACGCUGUGCCUGCUAAAAAAGAAAAACUCGAAGAACGCGUGGUCGUCAAAACUCUUAGCACGCCGGAGAAAAAAACAAAUACAGCUAGUUGUAUAACAAAGGCUCUCGAGAAACCGGAAAUCCGUCAAAAUAUUCUGUCACCUCGAAAAGUUAAAAUUGAAGAAGUUGUUAGCGCUUCGAAUACUCCUGAGAAAAAAGUAUUGGAUCGAUCAGUUGUUCAAACACUUGAAUCUCAAGGCUACACAAGGACAGAGUCAGAUGCGCACCUGAUUUUUGAUUUCAAGAAAGCUAGAAGCGUUUUUAACCGAGAAAAUGAAAAUAAUUCGAAUAAGAUGGGAAAUGCUCCAGAUCCCUGUUUGCUUUCUGUUGCUGAACGAAAAAAAUUAUUCGAAAGGCGAUUACGUGGUGAGGAGAUUCCUACCACUUUUGGUUAUUCAAGUCCUGCGGUGAAAGAACCUGAAAAUCGAACUCCCAUAAAAAUUGACAUCCCAACUACACCUUCUGCCGUUGAAAAUUAUGAUUUGACCAGUGAAAGUGAAGCUUCUAAUGAUUCUUUCAAAUCCGAUUUAUCUUCCCAACCUGAAAAAAUUGACGAACCCAAAGAAGACGUGGUUUUGAAUAUCAGCGAAGAAACUUGUUCCAGUUUUCCUGAUGCUUCUAAUGAUCAGGAAGUAAAUUUAUCGGUGUACCCGGUACUCGACACCGUUAAGCAGGUAAAGUUUGUAAGUACUCCAAAACCAGGACGUUUAUAUCCCAGUAUAUCGGAUCUCGAUUGCGAUGCCGAUGAAAGUGCUGAUGAAGAUGAAUCUCCUAAAAAUUAUUCUAGGAAAGAAACUAGUUUUUCAAUUACCGAUCACGACAACAGCUUUGGACGAGAUGUACUCUGUGCUACAAAUAGCAUUUUUUCCUCUUUUCAAAAUAGUAAAAAGGACAUUAGCAUGAAUGAAUCAUAUAACAAAGCUACUAGAAGUGCAAUAAAUGAAGUAAAAGAAUUAAUAUCCGCAGAUAAUGAUACAUCGUUAUCUCUAAGCCCUGUCGCUCGCUCUUCUUUUAAUAGCAUCGAAUGUCCCAAUGAAACUGCAAGUUUUACCUAUAUGAAAACGUAUUCUGAUACAUCAUUCGGUCUCUCACCUAUUUCACCAACGACCAGUAAAAAUAACACCUUGAAGAGUGAUUACGGCGAUCCAGUUGUCGACGAUAUUGAUGAUAUGGAAAGAAAUGAAACUGACGUUGGAAAAAAAAUAAAAUCAUUAGAGGAGCAACUUAUAAAAGAAAAAAUAAUGCUGGCACAAGAGAUUCGAGCUUUAAAAUUAUGUUUAUCGAGUUCAUUUGUUAAUUCUCCAACGCAUUUAGAUGCAGAAAAAUUGGUUUUGUUAUCUCAAUUGAAAAUAGUUACCUAUCAAAAUGAAAUCGACAGGAUCAAAGUGGAAAAUUCGGUAAUGCCUUCUGCGUCAAGUCCAGCUAAGGGUAAUAUAACCAUAUCCAACAUUAAAUUACCCAUUCGGAUGGCUGUUGUUCAUUCCGAUUUGAAAGACGAUUUGUGCAAUAAUUUGUUAUGCGUCGUAAAAUGUGGAGACAUCGUUUUAGCUUCGGAAGUUGUACCUGUUGUACAAGAAAAUAUUAAAAAGGAUCCUGAAUAUUACGUCGAGUUUCGUGAGCCUAUCACAUUAGCUAAUGUCAGUUCAGAUUUUAGAAUUACCGUCGAAGUGUAUAACUCGCUAGUUGAGAAAAAAGAUCCGGUGAAUUUCAAACAAAGCAGCGCCAAAAAGGAUAAAAAAGCACAUAAUAAAAAAACCAAGGAUACGAAACUUUUCCCUAGACUUGGCGAAAGCAAGAAAAGUUCUCAAUCGUCAUUUUCCAUGGUUGGUUAUAUGAUUUUUUCAUUAAAUGAAGUCACACGUCAACAAUGGAUCCUCAACAAACAAGAUCUACUACACAGUCCACUGGUUGGAAUGAUAAUGAUGAAUAUUAAAUGCAACUUGGCGUUGACGAGUGUUCAAAAGCAUGGAUUUUUAACUAUGUAUGAAGUAGUAUCAGGUUAUGGAGCUUGGAGUCGAUAUUGGUUCUAUCUUUCCGGUGAAAAAUUAUCAUUUUGGAAAUACCCUGAAGAAGAGGGUGUGAAAGAUCCAAUUGGGACAUUUGAUUUGAGGAAAUGUGUCACCAAAACUGUAGAAACAGUAGGAAUUGAAGUUACGAUGCGACCUCAUACUCUAAUGUUACAAUUCAAUCCAUCGUCGUAUCUUUUGGAUUUCAAAGGACUCACCGAAGAAGGGUUGCUGUUGUCAGCUGAUACUUUGGAAGAAAGAACUGCAUGGCGUGCUAGUCUCAAUGAAGUUUUGAAUUCGGUUCGAUUGUGGUCCAAUUAAAUUUGUUCUCAAGAUUCCAGCGCAUCAUCGUUAUUACUUCAUAUAUUGUUGCAUUCCGUGUAUUUUUAUUCAUGUAAUUCGCGAACCAUUUAAUUUUUUUUUUUUAAAUAAAUUCUGAAUUUAUUGUUUAAAAGAAUAGCUAUCGAUUAAUCUCAUUAUUCAUGAUCUUAAACUUAAUCUGCAUACCAAUGAUUGUUUUAACAUGACGUUUCGAACAAAUCGAAUAUACUUAAUUUUUAAAAUAAGCUUUUAUUAACAUGA